CGUCUCUCCUCGAAUGAAAGGAAACAACCCCCGGCGGCUGAGCUCUGCUCUUCGGCAGUGCCGGAGAACCGACGCCCGCCUUCCUCUUCUCCCCUCGUGGGCGCUGUCCUCCCGUCGCUCGCCCGUGGGCCACGCUGCAUUUCUUGAGGCUUAAAGUCGCAUUCUAUAAGCAGUUUAAAAAUCAUGUCAAGCUCAGUUGAACAGAAAAAAGGGUCUACAAGACAGCGCAAAUGUGGCUUUUGUAAGUCAAAUAGAGACAAGGAGUGUGGACAGUUACUAAUAUCUGAAAACCAGAAGGUGGCAGCACAUCAUAAGUGCAUGCUUUUUUCAUCUGCUUUGGUGUCAUCACAUUCCAAUAAUGAGAGUCUUGGUGGAUUUUCUAUUGAAGAUGUCCAAAAGGAAAUUAAAAGGGGCACAAAGCUGAUGUGUUCUUUGUGCCAUUGUCCUGGAGCAACAAUCGGCUGUGAUGUGAAAACAUGCCACAGGACAUACCACUACCACUGCGCACUCCAUGAUAAAGCUCAGAUCCGAGAGAAACCUUCGCAAGGCAUUUACAUGGUUUAUUGUCGAAAACACAAGAAAACUGCACAUAAUUCUGAAGCUGAUUUAGAAGAAACUUUUAAUGAACAUGAGCUGGAGCCAUCAUCUCCAAAGACUAAGAAGAAAGGUCGCAGAGGAAAAACUAAUUUUAAAGGGCUGGCGGAAGAUACCAGAUCUACAUCCUCCCAUGGAACAGACGAAAUGGAAAGUAGUUCCUACCGAGAUAGGUCUCCACACAGGAGCAGUCCUAAUGACACCAGACCUAAAUGCGGAUUUUGCCAUGUAGGGGAGGAAGAAAAUGAAGCGAGAGGGAAGUUGCAUAUAUUUAAUGCCAAGAAGGCAGCCGCACAUUAUAAGUGCAUGUUGUUUUCUUCUGGUACUGUUCAGCUCACAACAACAUCAAGAGCAGAAUUUGGAGAUUUUGAUAUUAAAACUGUACUUCAGGAGAUUAAGCGAGGAAAAAGGAUGAAAUGUACACUUUGCAGUCAGCCUGGUGCUACUAUUGGAUGUGAAAUAAAAGCCUGUGUUAAAACCUACCAUUACCACUGUGGUGUACAAGACAAAGCAAAAUACAUUGAAAAUAUGUCACGAGGAAUUUACAAACUCUAUUGUAAAAAUCAUAGCGGAAAUGAUGAGCGAGAUGAAGAAGGUGAGGAACGAGAAAGUAAAAGCUGGGGAAGAGUAGCGAAUGAUCAGCAACUAACCCAGCAGCAGCUUAAUGGAAACUAGGUUCGUGGCACAGGAGAGAGUUAGAAAACUGAGAAUAAGACAUCGUAACUCCUAUGCUUUUUUCACUCUUUUCUAAAAUAUUAAAGGGUUUGUAACUUUUUACUGCCCGACUCUUAGAUUCUUCAUGGAACUGCCUAAAAACACCUUGUUUGUUAUCUGACCUACACUAGACGGCCCAAUUUGACAUUCUUGAUAUUACAUAGCUGUAGUUUGCAGUUUCUGGGAAGCAAUGGAAACACUAUUAACCCUGUGUAUACUGUCAGCAGUUAAAGCAGACCUUGAAUAAAGUAACUGUAUUUCUGGACUGAACAGAGUUCUACUAGAGUGUUUAAGUUUGUAGUGGAUCCAUGCUCAAAGGAAACCGAAAGCAAGUUGUACUUCAAGAUGCAAACACGCCUCCGGUGGCAGUACCUGGUAACUUGUGAACUUUUUUUUUUCCACACUCAAGCAAUGGAAACUACAAAUGGAAAGAACCUUAUUUUUGUCUUGGCUUUGACAGCACAUGUUAAACGUUUCUUCUGGGAACCAUGCUGAAGCCUUCCUAUGGUCGUUUUUAGAGUUGUUCUCACUGGCCAGCAUGGACUCUGGGCAACUGGUGAUGAGAAGCUCUGAGCUCUAGUGCAUCUGCCCAAAUUCUCUUGACAGUACAGCUUUCUGUGCUGCCCAGAGAGCUUCUGG